CCAAUGGAGUAUUUAAGGAAAAGCUCCCUUUUCGUGUUCUUUGUCCUAUUUUUUCCUAGUCUUAUAUCAACAACACACAUCAUAGAUGGAAAAAGAAACUUAUCAAAUGAGGAAGUAGAUGAUAGAGAAAUUGAGAGACAACUAAGAGCUUUAAACAAGAAGCCGGUUAAAACCAUUAUAACCGAGGUGGGUGACAUAAUAGACUGCAUAGACAUUUAUAAGCAACCGGCAUUUGAUAACCCACUGCUCAAGGAUCAUAAAAUCCAGAUAAGUCCAAGAUCAACUCCAGGACAGAAAAGAAGUAAUAAUGUUUCAACAUCCUAUAUUUUUCAUGGGCUUCAAAAGGAACGAUGUCCUUUAGGAACCGUCCCUAUUCGAAGAUUAACUAGAGAAGACUUGGUUUUCGCAAAGAAAGUCGAACCAAUUCAUGCAAACGGUUUCCCUAACAUUCUUUACCAUUCGGUCUAUGCAGAAGAAAUCAUUCGUGGGAAAUUCAUUCAUCGGAGAAAAUAUUACGGAGGCUCAGCUUCUAUGUCUAUACAUAACCUUACAGUAGAUCCUGACCAAUUUAGUACUUCACAAAUUUGGAUUGUGAAUGUUACUUCGCCAGAAAUAAACGGCAUCCAAGCCGGAAUAAUGAAAAAUCCAAGUAUAGUUGGUGGUAACCUCCCUCGACUAUUUGGUUUUUGGAUCGUUGCUAAUGGACACGAGGUCGGUGGUUGCUAUAAUAUGGCGUGCCAAGGAUUCAUCCAGACCAACCCUCGUAUAUUUAUCGAUCAACCAUUUGUACGCUCGUCAGUAUAUGGUCAAAUAUCAUAUGAUAUCCAUAUUAGAGUAUAUCGGGCCCCAGGUACUGGUCACUGGUGGUUAAGAAUGGGAGCGGCUGCUGAAAUAAGUGAAGAUGUAGGAUACUGGCCGAAUGAAAUCUUUACGGUUUUAAGAAACACUGCGUCAGCUGUACGAUAUGGAGGAUAUGUAGGUUCAAUGUCUCAAGCAUCAACUCCACCGAUGGGAAAUGGAUUUUUGCCUCAACUUCAAGACUUUGAUACGACAGCUUACAUGAGACUAAUGAAGUAUGUCAACGAGGCAGGAGACGAUGUUGACCUAGACCCAUAUUCAGUGCAAACCAUAUAUGGAACAGUACCGCAAUGCUACAACAUUAUGUUUGCUGGUCGAAUAGGUGAGGAGUGGGAAAAUACUAUCGCAUAUGGUGGACCUGGUGGUUUCUGUAACUAGUAGAAUGAGAAUGUCGAUGGAGAUUGGAGACGACGGGAAUAAUAAUGUUGAAUUUGAGAUAGUCAUGAUUUUGUUGUCUUGAAAAUGGAAACAAAAAUCAUUUUAUUGCUUU